CCAAGCUGGAGUGCAGCAGGAGGUUGUGUGCAAAGACGACGCAUGCAAAGCCACUUACUUAAGGACAAGUAAUAGAGUUUACCUGCUGACAUGUCCAUUUGAAGUCUUCUGUCCAAGCUGACACAACAUAAUGGCUGACGCUGCAUGGUGGUUUCCAGUGGAUGCUUACAAUGGAGUGCUGCAGUAGGAUGCACGGCUGCGUGCCUGCUUGGUUGCCGCCACAGAUGAUUCUCAACCUCCACUUGGUCAUCCUGUUCAGUUCGACAGUCUUGUCCCAGCCGGGUUUGGAGGAGGUGUUCUUCAGUCCACAGGAUCAGAGCGUCCGGGAAGGAGAGGAUGUUUCCUUUCGGUGUGUGUCUGGUGAAAGCUUGUCCCCCACUAGCAUCUUCUGGCUCAAAGAUGGAAAUGUGGUCACCACAGGGAGGCAAAUCCAGGGCGAGUACGGCGGUGGCCAGCAGAAGAAGACAUCAGGAACUCUUCAUCUCCUCAACGUAAGCUUAGAGGACGAUGGGAGGUACGUCUGUGUGACGUAUAGUCCUUCAUUAAACAUCAGCAAGAAGAGCCAGCCUGCCAAGCUUACCGUGCUGGGAGUCCCUCACCGACUCAGCAUCACACGAGGCCCUGACAACACCACUGUCGCUGUGGGAACUGAGGUCUCCAUGCACUGUGCUGUGCAAGGCUUCCCUGUUCCCAUGGUGCACUGGUUCAAAGACGACUGCCUCCUGACAAAGUGCUCGGCCUCAUUCAGCCUCCACAACAAUGGACAGCUGCUUACAUUCAGGAAUGUGAGCAAGGAAGAUGAAGGCUUCUAUCGCUGUGAAGCAUCAAACCUGAAGGAGUCAAUUAAGUCGCAAGCAGCGUUCCUUCUUCUAGCUGAGAUGGACUGGAUCUUCAUCCAGCAGCCCACAAACGUGACGGCAAAGAAGGGAGACAACAUCACCAUCUCCUGUAGGCCGCCAUAUAGCAGACCUGCAGCAAGCGUGUCCUGGUUCAAAAACAACCAUCUCCUCCGUCCUACAGAUCACGUUAAUGUGCUCCCUGGUGGAGACCUCCUCAUCCUCAGCGUCCAAGAAGAGGACAGCGGAAGUUACUUCUGCAGAGCCGCUAACGUCCACAUUCAAAGAUUUGUCACAUCCAGAAGAGCUACGGUGACAGUCCACGCUGCUCCGUCAGUGCGACUGUGGCCUCACGCUUUAACAGUACCACUUGAGGGCCGAGUGUCUCUGUAUUGUCAGGUGUCAGGUGAACCCCCUCCUUCCAUUAGCUUUGUUAAGAGGGGACAUUCUAAGCAGACGGGGGCCAGGAUGGCACUAGGGCUGAGAAAUGCAACGCUCCAUAUCGAAUCAGCUCGUAGCUACGAUGAAGGAGCGUACGUGUGUGAAGCCACCAGCACACUCGGUCACAGUCGAGCAACAGCAACACUCACAGUCGCUGUUAGUCCCAUUAUUGUGACCUAUGCGGGUCAGGUGACGUGCAAGGUUGGUGCGUCAGCAGUUCUGCCCUGCGUUGCCGUCGGGGUUCCACCCAUCUGGUACAACUGGACCAGGGACGCAGCAGAGACAAAGCAGCCCAUUGGCACCUCUGAGAGAAAACACAUCGAUGAAGAUGGCGCUCUGCAUCUUUCGAACGUGCAGUGGUCAGACGCGGGCGAAUAUUUCUGCACUGCUGAGAACCGAGCGGGACGACACAAGAGACGUACCAUCCUCAGUGUCGCUGCUGAACAUCACCUGCAAGAUGGAGGGCAGCAGACAAGGGCGGUCUUGUCUGCCAGCAACAACACCAGCGACCGAUCACAACUUCAUCCUUCCACUAAUGCCAGGAAGACACAGAAGCCUCACAUGCAGGAAGAGUACAACAUGGCCAAAUUAUGCUCAUCAUCACACUGCGAUAUGACGGCAAACACUCUACCAAAAGCUGAGAUAAAGGCCCCUGCCAUGAUCUUGCCUUCGGUCCCUCAAAUGCAGCCUCCCAUGCUACCGCCUCCUCCCUACCCCAACUUCCAAAUCCUCAGCACUCGAAAGCCGACGACCGCCGAGCCUCUCUUGUAUUCGAGGAUCCAUCAUCAGCUGGCAACACAUCCUCAGCUACAAGUUGGGGAGAAAUUGUCAGCAGAGUCCAGUUCUAAAGGUCUUGAUGGUCACAGCAUGGAAUCUUUACAAGAGACUCUACUGAGUGGACGUUUACCGACUCCUGUGGAUCAAUCCUCGACAUCACAAAUCAAUUUACAUCCAUCAACAAGCCACGGUUCUCAAACCAAACUGCUCCAAACAAACCAUUCUUCCAUUACAGUAACGUCUCCUUUUCCCAAGUUCCACUUGGAUCUUACACCAACACAGCAUCCUGAAUCCCAAAUACCCAGUCAAACCUCAACAAAACUAUCCAUAGACACACCUCCUACAGACUUUAACUCAUUGCCUCCUCAAACAGAUUCUUCACCUUCUGUCUUUACUCAUCCUCCUGACCCCUCAACAUUGGCUCCUUUGGAGAGUUUAGGUCAGUUAAAUGCUAGUCAACCUCAGCAGCCUCGCCCAGUGGAGACGUCCAAAGCUGAAGACGAGGAGCAGAGGAACACCUCGCAGUCACCUAUGACCAGCAACCACCCUCAUUACAGCGUUACUCAGCAGUCGCCGUCAUGGCUCCCCGUCCUGGAAAAACAUGACGUGCCCAUCGUGGUGGGAGUGGGCGUGUCGCUGGCCUUCAUCUUUGUCACCGUGGCCUUCUAUUCGGUGGUGCAGAAGAACGAGCCGGCGCCGACGAGCCGCGCAGCACAGAGGAAUCUCGGCGUCCCUGUACGCCACGCAGAACGUCGAGCUGCAGGACGGACAUACGAAAACAGAGCCUUCGAAGAUGACGAGUGCGUGGCCGUGAUCGAGCACAACACCAGCACGUGCGACACCCGAGCCAGACCUCCAGGACUCAGCCUGGUCACAGUGCAGAUGGAGCCCCCCUGCGAGGACCUUCAUGAGGAGGCGCACACAUGCUCUCGGGGUGACCACUCGGUCACCGUGGAGAUGUAUCCUGAACCUAUUGCAGACACUAAGAUUGACGCCUGUGUGGAGGAGCAGAAGGCCUGUGCUCCUCCCAGUCCUCCCAGCGUCCAGCAGCAGUGCGCAGAGGACUGGCAAAGUAACGCAGGAGACAACCACAGCUUCUGCCAGGACACCUUGCCUCCCCCAUCCACCCCUUCACCCACACCUUCGCCCUUGCCCUCUCCACGCGACGCCGGCCUACGAUCUUCUCUGACCCUGCGAGGCACCGAGUCUCUGGCGGCGCCUAUCCACCACAGCCUCAGCAUCUCGCACGGCAGCCCUCCUCUGAUGCUCUCCCACUACGUCUCCUUAGGACACACUACUGUGGCGGUCGACGUUCAUUUUUACCCCGUGGCCACAAGUGCUCCGAUCAAUUCUGCGUCCACUUUCACGUCAUCAUUUGUGCCACGCUUAGCUAACAGCCAAGACAGCGACAAGGCCAGGGUUGAUCACAACAAAUAAACACUAAACACUAGGGGUGUAACGGUACGUGUAUUUGUAUUGAACUGUUUCGGUACGGGGGAUUCGGUUCGGUUCGGAGGUGUACCGAACGAGUUUCCACACAAACAUAUUAAGUAGCCGCCUCCGCUUCCUUCUGCCUCUGUCUCUGUCAGUCCUCUACACAGCACCCAGCAUUGUCCCACCCACACAACCAUCUGAUUGGUUACAAACACAGCGGUAACGGCCAAUCAGCAGUGCGUAUUCAGAGCACAUGAAGUCAGUGCUUAGCAUUUAGCAGGUAAUCAUCAGGCUGCGGACUCUCCCCAAAUUAUAAUAAACACCUCCCAGUCAACUACUAGUAACAUCACUAUGAGCCCGUUGACCUUCUAGAAAUA